AUGAUAAUUUACCAAUUUUACAACGCAAACGUGUUGUCGAGUCUCUUGAACGAGCAGUACAAUAACAUACGGAACCUUAAAGAUUUGCUAGAAAGUGAUCUGAAGGCUGGAGUCGAAGACAUGUUGUUCAAUAAGGAUUACUUUAAGGUUAAUAUAAAGCGUACAAAUGAUCGUAUACCUUUAGAACUUUACAAGAAGAAGAUAGUCCGAAACAAACAGAAUAAUUUUUUUGAUGCCGAGUACGGCAUGAGUUUGGUAAAGCGUGGUGGAUUCGCCUUUCACGUCGAUACCUCCACUGCCUACCGUAUCAUGAGAAAAACAUUCAGCGAGAAGGAAAUAUGUGAAGUGAGUGCAGUCCAACUGUUUCCACCGCAGUAUGUGGGCGCUGUUGCAAAGAAAGGCUCGCAGUACAAAGAAUACAUCGCUAUUGGGUGGGUAUUUUGA